UUUCCCCUGGUGGAUGCCUCUAAUUUGUGUUUUUUUAGUUGUGUCUAAUGCUCUCCGAGGGCGUCGGCGUGUCCACGUCAUAAGCGUCGCUGCUCUGGCGGCUUGCUUCCACUGUCGGCAGUCAGUUGUUGCUGUUGUGCUGGGUGUUGCUGUUGUGCUUGGUGUUGCUGCUGCUGUUGCUGUUGCUGCUGUUGCUGCUGCUGCUGUUGCUGCUGCUCAUGUUGCUGCUGUCGUCGCUGUCGCCAUAUCGCUGCUAUUCCCGCAUAGACCGCCCAGCUGCGCGGAGACAUCUUCACUCGCUGAGUUGCCGCGCGUCGCGUUGGUUCGCCGCAGUUCCGUCCGUCCUCCGUCCUCCGUCGCGAUGAUGUCCACUCUGCCCCAAUCCCCUCGAGCGGGGGGUGGCGGAGCAGGGGGUGGAGACACCACCCUGGCCGCCCUAGGCGCCCACAUGGCCCCCUGUCGCGACACCACGCCCGAGCAGCUGGCCCAGCUGAUAGACGCCCACCUGGGGGAUCUGCGCCAGGAGCAGCCCAACUGGACCAUCAGCUCUUCGAAGGUGGCCGGUCGCGGGGUGUUUGCCACCAGGGACAUAGCCGCCGGCGAGCUCAUCUUCCAGGAGCGGGCCCUGGUCACGGGACCAACGGCCAGGAAGGGCCAACUGAGCAGCUGCAUCUGCUGCCACGAGACCUUGCCGCAGACGGGAUUUCUCUGCCGGCAUCGCUGCACCCUGCCCGUUUGUGAAUCCUGCUCGGACUCCGUGGAGCACCAAGCGGAGUGCGAGCACUAUCGCCGCUGGCAGCCCAUGGAUGCGGAUGCGAUGGAGGAGCAGGUGAAUCCACUGUCCCUGCGUAUCCUCACCGCCGUGAGGGUCUUCCACCUGGGCAAGGAGCAACGGCAUCUGGUUGACGCCAUGCAGGCGAAUGCGGAGCGGGCCUACAGGCGGGAGAUUAUCAAGGCGGCCCAGUGCUUCCGCAACUUUCCCACCACGGAUCGCGGAUUCAUGGACCAGCUGUUCCGGAUCGUGGGUGUCCUCAAUACGAACGCCUUCGAGGCGCCCUGCCGCUCCGGCGGCCACGAGACGCUGCUGAGGGGUCUGUUCCCGCUGACGGCGAUCAUGAACCACGAGUGCACCCCAAACGCCAGCCACUACUUCGAGAACGGGCGACUGGCGGUGGUGCGGGCUGCCCGGGACAUUCCCAAGGGCGGCGAGAUCACCACCACCUACACCAAGAUCCUCUGGGGCAACCUCACGAGGAACAUCUUCCUUAAGAUGACCAAGCACUUUGCCUGCGACUGCGCCCGCUGCCACGACAAUACAGAGAACGGAACCUAUUUGUCGGCACUCUUUUGCCGGGAGCAGGGCUGUCGUGGCCUGGUUAUCCCCGUCCAGACCAAGACACUGCAACCGGACUGGCGGUGCAUCACCUGCGAGAACGUGUUCCCCCACUCGAAGAUGGCCAAGUACCAGGACUUCGCCCUGAACACCAUCAACAACAGGAUCAACUCGUGCAGUGUCCGGGACAUGAUCCACUUCAUCAACGAGCUGUGUCCGCGCUUCUGUCCCUCCUCGAACUACGUGCUCAUCGAGGCGAAGCUGAAUGUCAUCUGGCGGAUGACGCGGUUCGACCGGGAGGAGUACACCCCCGAGGAGAUGGGCCACAUGGAUCGGUAUCGGGAGGAGGUCCUGGCCAUACUCCACAAGUUGGGCGCCGGCGAGUGCACCCUGAAGAAGCUGAUCACCGGGGAGAUUCAGUGAUCCAGAGAGCUCCCGAACUUGUGAAUAAUGUUUUUUUUUUUUGUUCAUGUGUGCGUGAGCGAGUGUUUUUGUGAAUGAAUGGGUAUUCUUUGGGCUCGCCCUUUGUUGCUAUUUUAUUUGUAGUCACUUAAGGAAACCAAUAAACACCGGACUAUGUCUCUUUAUCAAA